GGUCCAGCUGGUGAGAGAGGAGAGCAGGGUCAGCCUGGUCCACCUGGCUUCCAGGGUCUACCGGGGCCUACUGGAGCUUCUGGAGAGCCUGGUAAACCUGGUGACCAGGGUGUUCCCGGAGAGGGUGGUGCUGCUGGUCCCACUGGACCAAGAGGUGAACGUGGUUUCCCUGGUGAGAGAGGAGGCGCUGGCCCUCAGGGUCUCCAGGGACCAAGAGGACUUCCAGGAACUCCCGGUACUGAUGGACCUAAGGGUGCAAUUGGACCAGCUGGUGCUGCUGGAGCUCAGGGCCCUCCUGGUCUGCAGGGCAUGCCUGGUGAGAGAGGAGCUGUUGGAAUCCCUGGAUCUAAAGGUGACAGAGGUGACAGUGGAGAGAAAGGACCUGAAGGUGCUCCUGGCAAAGAUGGUGCAAGAGGUUUAACUGGUCCAAUUGGUCCACCUGGUCCUUCUGGUCCCAAUGGCGCUAAGGGUGAAACUGGUCCCAUUGGUUCAAUUGGUGCUCCUGGUGCUCGUGGUGCCCCUGGCGAUCGCGGUGAGAUUGGUGCACCCGGACCUGCUGGCUUUGCUGGACCUCCU